UUUCCACUCAAUUCGUUCGCAGGUGUAGUGCGGCAAUCAAAUACCAGCAAUUGUGGUAUCAGAUGGUGCUCCUGGCGUACCUGGUGGCGUGCAUCGCCGGUCAAUGGUUGAACAUGAAUCCGACCUAUCGGAUUUACUCGGCGUGUGACUUGUUCCUGUCGGUGGUCAUGAUGGCACCAAUCACCGUUUGUGCGUUGGUAACCUGCCGGUAUUGUGCGAUUUUUUCAACCGUCAGUCGCAUUUUGGACAGCAUGAACCGUGGCCUGUCCCGGGAGGUGAGCCUAUUCCAAUGCCAGCAAGCGAGCGCAAAUAUUAGCGCAUAUAAAUUAACGAACAACGAACUCAAAUUAAGCGAUCAUCUGGAGCAGUUGAUUAUUCAGUACGAUAAGCUGUAUGAUGUAGUUGCGGCGAUAAUUGAAAUUUAUUCGCCGUCAAUCUUGCUCCUGAUGGCGUUGGACUUUAGCCAGGUGACGUUUGAGCUCUACUUGUUCUAUUGCUACCUAAGCCGAGCAUCGCCGAGUGAGGAUGAUUUUCGUAUGAUGAUAUUUUCGCUCUGUACGGCAUUCUUAAGCAUUGGCGAAAUUUACUUUGUAGUUGAAGGAACGUCAAGAUUUUCCGAGAAGGUAUUGGAUGCUACUGACGAAAUACACCGAAUUGGAGUUGUAUGUUCAGACAAGAGAUUAGCCGAAAGCAUUUUCCACCUGUACGAGAUUCUCCACCGCAUGCACGAGAAAGCUAUAAUGUAUUAUUGCUUUGCACUGAACAAAUCGUUCCUAACAAAGAUUAUCGCAGCCUCGUGCUCGUACCUGAUUCUGAUGAUGCAGACCAACUGAAAGACGCGAGCCCCUUUUUCCCACGAUGAUGGCGUGACGUACCUCGUGAGCUCGAGGCGACAGACGAGGACGACGACGACGAUGACGAUGCGAUGGCGGAUGGACGACGGACGGAUGAAUAUUUCAGCCGUGUGCUAAUCCGUUAACUAGAAAAUCAAUUCCAUCACCAUAAAUCAACCGAAUCUUGGCGUUCUCUCGCCAGCUGGAGAGCAGAGGGAAUUCGUCAUAAUCACGGUUUGGUUUGGUUGGAUGGAUUUGGCGGACCGAGACCAAUACCGCAUGCUAAAAAUACCAGACGUACAUAGCUCACGAGCAUGCAUGCAUGAUAUGCCGGGGUUCAGCCUUUCAUCGCUGGAGCAUGUGUAUUUGUUGUACUGUCAGCUUCACUGAUUGCGGAUAUUUCAGCCCAGCCCUGCCAAGGUUCGGGAAAACCUAAAUGCUGCGGUUUGCUGUACUGGUGGUCAAUCACUCAUAUUUGGUCUUGUCGGAUAAUGGAAGCAAUGCUACAGACAUGACCGCAUUACAACAGCAUUUCAGAAGGGCAACUUUUAAACACAUUCUGUAGACAAAUGAUAGACAAAGGGGCUACGUGUAAGGAAUAGCGUAUUUUAGCUUAUCUAAAUAUGAAAACAAAAUGUAAUAUGAGCGCCCAUAGAUACAUGCUUAUCAAGUUGCACAUAACUGAAUUGGUACAUAGAGCAUAAUGGUUUUCACUACGCAUUUUCAAGCGCUUGGAUUUUGUUGAUGUAAUCUGAUAAAUGUAAAUUAUUGAU